UCAUGGUUCAUGACUAUAAGCACGCAAAAGUCGGCAAAAGUAAUGUUCUGGUUAUCAGUGCCACAUAUGCACAUAUGUAUAUAGUGUAAACGAAUUCCAUAUGCACUGGUUUGUCAAAAUGCGAUAACCGUAAUAUUACUAUGAUUAAUCAAAUAGGAAACAGUGUACCAGCAUUAUCAGCAGAUUAUUACAAGAUUACUCGUAAUACUCAACAUACUAAUACAAUCCUUACCGUGAAUUUAAAAAAUUCUGAGAACAUAACCUAGUUCACGUCUGGGAAAAACAUACGACUAUCAAUAUCAUUCUAGCCGGACAUACUGAAGAUGUGAUCUUACUGGUAAAGUAGGAUUUGUCAGAUCUACGUAAUGCUAUAACAUUUUGUUUCAAAGGGAAGUGUAAUGGAAAAUCAUUCCGUUCGCAUAAAUUAUUCUUUAACACCUCGCGAUACAGAACAACCAUUAAUACAUGAUAGUCAAACUAAACAAUACGUAGAGAACAGUAAAAAGCGCGAGGAAAUAAUAGUUUUGACAAGUGAAGCAAAGGGUGGUUUGUUUAAUCCCAGAGCUUUGCUAUUUUUAACAUUAUGGUACUUCUUCAGCGGAUGUACUUUGUUCUUGAACAAGUACAUAUUAUCUUACAUGGAAGGAAAUCCUACAAUUUUAGGUGCUUGUCAAAUGUUAAUGACAGCAGUUUGUGGAUUUAUACAAAUGUAUUUUCCAUGUGGAAUGUACAAAGCAAGCCCUAGAUUAGUAAGACCAUCAGGUUUUUAUAAGCACAUGAUACUGGUAGGAUGUACAAGAUUUAUAACUGUAGUUCUAGGAUUAGUAUCGCUCAAUUAUGUAGCAGUGAGUUUCACAGAAACUAUUAAAAGUAGUGCACCACUUUUUACCGUCCUUAUUAGCAGAUAUUUAUUAGGAGAACAUACAGGGUUAUAUGUAAAUUUAUCUUUGAUUCCUGUAAUGGGUGGUCUAGCUCUAUGUUCUGUGAAUGAAAUCAGUUUUGAUCUCAGGGGGUUUGUUGCUGCUAUGGCUACAAAUGUAACAGAAUGUUUGCAAAAUGUUUAUUCCAAAAUGUUAAUCAGUGGUGAUAAUUUUAAAUACACACCAGCGGAGUUGCAAUUUUAUACCAGUUUAGCAUCAAUUGUGGUACAAAUACCAGUGUCAAUUUUAUUAGUAGAUUUACCAACACUUGAGCAUUCCUUAACUUUUAAACUAUUCACUGCAUUCCUCCUUAAUGGAGUUUUCUUCCAUUUUCAAAGUAUCACUGCAUAUGUACUUAUGGAUUACAUCAGUCCUGUGACACACAGUGUCGCUAAUACGGCAAAGAGAGCAUUUUUAAUUUGGCUUUCUGUUUUGUUAUUUAACAAUCCGGUAACUGGUUUAUCGGCUAUGGGAACAUCCUUGGUAAUAGCGGGAGUAUUACUAUAUAAUCGCGCACAAGAAUAUGAUAGAUUAAACAAAGCAAAAUUACGAUAUAGUUCAAAAGUUAAUUUACAGUAAUAUAAUUCUAAAGUUAAUAAAAAUUUAUAUUCGAUAAAAAUAGGUGUUUGUAUUAAGCACGUUAUGUCACUAAAAAUUAAAACAAAUUUAGUACUAAUUUUUA